GGGACUUCCCCUCCUACAGAUGGCAGCUUCAGAGCCCGUAAAAAUAGACGUUCAUGAGAACGUGUUUCUCCAUCUCGCCUCUCCCAGGUAGUAAUUGUUCUGGUAUAAUACCUGUCACGUGUAAAGAAGGCCGGCGAUUCGAUUAUCUUUGAGGGGUAGCUCUUGGUUAACUCGCCUAUUAGGUAUUUAUGAAGCCCCUCCCUGUGACUGAGGGAGGAAGAGCCUGGGCUGCCCAGAGUUGGCAGGAGACAGGCAGAACCAAGAGGCACAGUGCUCACAGACGGUCACCCGAAGGGCCAAGGUGGCUCCCGCCGAGAGGAUGAGCAAGUUCCUGCGGCACUUCACUGUCGUCGGCGAUGACUGCCAUGCCUGGAACAUCAACUACAAGAAAUGGGAGAAUGAAGAAGAGGAGGAGGAGGAAGAGGAGGAGGAGGAGGAGCAGGAGCAGGAGCAGCAACCGCCGCCGCCGCCAACACCAGCCUCAGAGGAGGAGGGCAGAGCUGCUGAGCCAACUGCGGCCCCUGUCUCCACACCCAGGCGCCCUCUAGACUUCAGGACCAAGUUGAAGAAGCUCUUCAGCUCCCACAGGUUUCAGGUCAUCAUCAUUUGCCUGGUUGUGCUGGAUGCCCUCCUGGUGCUGGCCGAGCUCAUCCUGGACCUGAAGAUCAUCCAGCCGGACAAGAACAACUACGCCGGCAGGGUGUUCCACUACAUAAGCAUUGCCAUCUUGACCUUCUUCAUGAUAGAGGUUUUCUUUAAAAUAUCUGUUUUCCGCUUCGAGUUCUUCCACCACAAGUUUGAAAUCCUGGACUCUGUUGUCGUUGUGGUCUCAUUUGUCCUCGACAUCGUCGUCCUGUUCCAGGAGCAUGAGUUUGAGGCUCUUGGCCUGUUGAUUCUGCUCCGGCUGUGGCGGGUGGCCCGGAUCAUCAACGGAAUAAUUAUCUCAGUUAAGACACGUUCAGAACGGCAACUGUUGAGGUUAAAACAGAUAAAUAUGCAAUUGGCUGCCAAGAUCCAGCACCUUGAGUUCAGCUGCUCUGAGAAGGUAAGAAAGCACUUCUGGGGAAAUACCACCUGUUGGCAGUUGCCCACCUCAGCACAGUGCUUCUCACACCAGGCCUUCGUUCCUGUGGGCCUUGAGCCAGGAGCACCCCUCCCCCUGGCCAAGCCUUCCCUGUCCUUGCCUCCUUCCCAGAGCUAGGCUGGGCAUCCCUCCUCUUGUCA